AUGCUGCGUAAGGGCCGCGAGGUGCACCGGAUCUAUGUUGAUGUACACAAGGGGACCUCCUUCCUAGAGGACCAAUUUACACUAACAGAGUUUGGCAGGACAGUGCUGGAAAGUGGAGGGAUAAAAGCUGGCCGUGCCAAAAAUGUGGAACAAAUCGUUGUUGCCCGGGAAACUCUCUAUUGCAGCGGCUCUGCGACUUGUCGACGAGUGUGUGGAGGAUUUUCAGAAUGCACUCCAGAUUGUUCGAAAACCAAAGUCCGUGGCCACAAAUGUAACUACAGAGUGAAGAUGACCAUGCGGUUAGGGCAUGUAAACUCUUGGUUUGUGGAGGUAACCGGUGACCACAGUGGAGCUUAUUUCCGCUAUGAGGACAUGCUUUUGCAAAAGGGUGCCCCGCGCACUAGUCAGAAAAAAAUGCGGGCCACCCUGACUGAUCCAUCGUCUUUCUCUCUUCUUAAUCACCUCACACCAUCUCAGGAACAGAACUAUUUUUUAAUGAGUACCCCCAUAAAGUCAGAACCACCUGACACCACAGUGGAAGAGCUGCCUAGUCCUGUAUUCCAUGCCAAUGCCAUGGACUUCCAUAGCAGCACCCUCGAUGAGAAAAUUAGUCCCCAACAGGCUGCAAUGUCCUAUUGUAUGACAAGCAAUACUCAGGUAGUACCAGAUGAGCCAAGUGUGGCAGUUACACAAUCAAAUUAUACUGCUGUAAUGGAAGAGAUGUGGAAUAGCGCAAACAUUGACUCUAACAAGAAUGAUGAAGAGAAGGAUUUAGUUAGACGGGUACGACAACUGGAAGCGCACGUUUCCCAGUUGCGGAACAUAAUCCUCAAGAAUGAUGACAAGAAGGAGAAAAAGAAAGAUCGGAAAGCACGUCUCUUUGAUUUCUCCAAAUAUAAUACCAGACAUGUAGCUUUGAAGGUUGCCUAUCUGGGAUGGGACUAUCAUGGAUUUGCUGUGCAAGAAGACAAUGAGAAAACUAUUGAGGCAGCAUUAUUUGAGGCCUUGAUCAAAACCAAACUCGUAGAUUCACGGGAAAAUUCCAACUACCACCGGUGUGGUCGGACAGACAAAGGAGUCAGUGCUUUUUGUCAAGUGAUCUCCUUGGAUUUACGAACAUCACUUUUAGAGGGACCAGGUGUCAAAAUUCGCCAAAAUGGAACUGCUCAUGAAAGGCCAGGGGACAACAUGACUGAAAUCAAGUAUGUUCAUAUUCUCAAUAAAGUCCUUCCUCCAGAGAUUCGGGUUUUAGCUUGGGCUCCUGUUGACCCUUCCUUCAGUGCAAGGUUUAACUGCAAACGAAGGAAUUAUAAAUAUUUCUUUCCAGUUGGAAAUCUUGAUGUUCAAUUGAUGGCAGAGUCUAGUCAGAAACUUAUUGGAGAACAUGAUUUCCGAAAUUUCUGUAAAUUGGAUGUGUCAAAUGGGGUUGUGAGUUGCAGGAGGAAGAUUCUCUCAGUUGAUAUUAUGGUCGUAGAGCAAGGACCAAAUGGUUAUGAGAUAUGCGAAUUGUGUAUUGUUGGUCAGGCAUUUUUGUGGCAUCAAAUCCGUUGUAUUAUUGCUGUAUUAUUUCUCAUUGGAGAAGGCAAAGAAUCUCCUGAGAUUAUUGAUGAACUGCUGAACAUUGAGAAAAACCCUCGAAGACCUCAGUACAAUAUGGCUUCAGAACUUCCAUUGGUGCUGUAUGAUUGUCACUUUUCUGAAGAAGACUUGGACUGGGUCAUUGAAGCUGAUUGUCAUGAGGAAAAUAUCCGACACUUACAAAAGAUAUGGGCCCAACAUGCAAUCAAGGCAGCUAUGGUUAAGCAAAUGCUUGAAGGGUUAAAUAGCCAUAAAGUUGAAACAGACACUGACAUUGCUCCAUGGUGUGAGUUGAGUGAGCCAAUACUUGCCCAAAGUGAAUGGUUGACGCCAGGUUGCAAGCCUCGACAUUAUAAACCUUUAUUGCAAAGACAAACUUGUGAAAGCCUGGAAUCAAGAAUUGAACAUUAUUCCAAGAAAAGAAAACUUGCCGAUAAUCAAGAAUCAUCAUCUGGUUUUGCAGAGAUAGAUAGCAUUUGGUCAGCUAUUUUGGCUUCUUGUGGAUAG